AUGUUUGCGGUGCUUAUAAGGCAUAUUACCGCUCUAUUGGGGCUUUUAACACCCCAAUAUGAUGAUGAAAUUGCGAAAGAAGGCUUGCGUGAAUGCCUUAAGGGCGUUAAACGCAUCAAAGAUGCAUUAAGACGAGCAAAAACGCAAGGUGAGAGACAGAAACUGGAGGCAUCCCUCCGGAAUAUACGAAGCCUGAGGAACCAGAUCAAAGUUACGCAAAAGAAGGGGGAAGGGCUGAGGCCUCAAACGGCCUGGAAUCGUGUACGUUGGGAUGAUUCGGUGUCGGCUUUUGAGAGUCGCAUUCGAACAGGGGUGAUAUCCAGCCUUAAACAUAAAGACCCCUUAGCUUUUUUGGUAGAUUGUAAAGCACUAUUCAGAAGGCGCAUUCAGAACGCUCUGAAAAAAGAUGCUGCCGUAAAGGUCAAUGCAACCUUUUGCGGAGAAUUUGAGAUAGUGAAGGGAGAUAGUGUACUUAACGAGUACAAGUACUUCACUACUUCGAACUCAGCAAUCUAUAGGGACACCAACCUUGACGAAUGGUUUGAUAAACACAUUACAGCCCCUAUAAUGACUGAACUAGAGGAGUUCCAAGAACGUGACAGCGGUUGGGCCCUUAAGAAGGUGCUUAAUUUGGGGGUUAAUAUAAACAAGUAUACACCCCAACUUGGAUCAUCAUACAUCGAGCUCCCACCUCAAAUUAAGAAGAAAGAGGCUUGUAUAAAUGUCAAAAACACUGAUGAGGCCUGUUUUGCUUGGGCAGUUACAUCAGCCCUUCACCCAGCAGUCAAACAUUCGAAUCGGGCAUCGUCAUAUCCUCACUAUUCAUCUGUUCUCAAAUUAAAGGGAAUGCAAUGGCCAAUGACUAUGAAGCAGAUUCCUAAUUUCGAAAAACAGAAUGAUGUUUCAAUAAAUGUCUAUAUAUUGGAAAAGGAAAAGUCCAAAUUUACAGUGCUUCCGACCUAUUUAACUAAAAUUAAGAAGGACAGACAUGUAAAUUUAUUGCUUAUUCAGGAUAGCUAUAAUGAGGACGCUCCUACAAAGUAUCACUUUAUAUGGAUAAAAAGCAUGUCCCGACUUUUCUCAAGUCAGCUGAGUAAACAUAAUGGAUGUAAAUUUUUUUGUGAUCGCUGCUUACACUAUUUCAUAUCGCAAGAAAAACUCGACAAACAUACUGAUGAGUGCCGGAAAAUAAACGAGACGGCUAUAAAGAUGCCCGAACCUGGAAAAAACAUUUUAAAAUUUAAAAAUUUUAAAAAUAAAGAGAAGGCGCCUUUCAUAGUAUAUGCCGACCUGGAGAGUGUUCUGGAACGGACAGAUAACCCGAAUAAGCCGCAACACCACGUUCCAGCUGCCAUUGGUUAUUACAUGAAAUGUUCCUAUGACAAUAGCCUCUCUUUUUACAAAGGCUAUCGCGGGCAGGACUGUAUGGCGUGGUUUGCAGAUGAAAUGAACAGCUUGGCUGAAGAUUUGUCAACUGUGUUUUGGUGCCCCUAUGAUAUCGAUAUGACGGUCGCGCAAGAACUCAGCUUCCGUCUCGCAACAUGCUGUCAUAUUUGUGAGCAGCCUUUUACAGCAGAAGACAAGAAAGUAAGGGACCAUAACCACCUGAUACCCGAGAAUAAUUACAGAGGAGCUGCUCAUGAAUCGUGUAAUAUCAAUUAUAAAGAUAGUCAUACGGUGCCGGUUGUCUUCCACAAUUUAAGUGGAUAUGACGCCCAAUUUAUAAUAACAGACAUUGCCACAAAGAUGAAGGGAAAUAUCGAUCUGCUUCCGAUUACCAAGGAGAAGAAAUAUAUCUCCUUUACGAAGCAUAUCGACGGCUUCCCAAUUCAAUUUCGGUUUAUCGACUCUUUUCGAUUCAUGGCCGGCAGUUUGGAUAAGUUGGCGUCAUACUUGGAAGAAUUUCCUAAUUUGAAAUCGCAGUUUUCGGAAUUACCUGAUGAGCAGUUUAAGCUGCUAACAAAGAAAGGAGUUAUGCCGUAUGAUUAUAUUGAUUCGUUUAAUCGUUUUAAUGAAACCAGGCUUCCGGACAUUGAAAAAUUCUAUAAUAAGUUAGAGAAAAAGCCCUGUCCCCGCCGCUUUUAUCAGCGCGCUAAUGAGGUUUGGAGCAGCUUUGGAUGCCGAGAUUUGGGCGAGUACGUAGACCUUUACAUGAAGACCGAUAUUUUAUUGUUGGCUGACGUCUUCGAGCAGUUUCGCACCAGCUGCCUUAAAACUUAUGAACUCGACCCCGCUCACUACUUUACAUUACCCGGCUACACUUGGGACUGUAUGCUCAAGUAUACCGAGCAAGAGUUGGAGCUUUUAACCGACCUCGAUAUGUUUCUCUUUGUUGAGCGGGGUAUUAGAGGCGGGUUAAGUCAAGUUUGUGGUAAGCGACGUUCUCAGGCUAACAAUAAAUAUAUGGCUCAAGCAUAUGACUCAUCAAAACCGUCAAAGUACCUUAUGUACUUUGACGUUAAUAAUCAGUAUGGGUGGGCUAUGUCCCAAUAUUUACCGUUUGGAGGGUUUGACUGGGUUGACGCCAACAUAGAUGUCACCUCAAUCCCGGAUGAUGCUAAUGAAGGGUAUAUGCUAGAGGUAGAUCUAUCAUACCCCGAACAACUCCAUGAUUUACAUAAAGAUAUUCCAUUCUGCCCACAACAUAUUAAUCCUAAGACCGGCAAGCCUCCAAAGGCAGCUGGAGAGCUCACCAAGUUGAUGGCUACUUUGAACGGCAAAACAAAGUACGUCAUCCAUUACCGAGCUUUAAAGCAGGCGUUAGCUAAUGGAUUAGUUUUAACCAAAAUCCACCGUGUUCUCAAAUUUAAGCAGGCUCCGUGGCUGAAGAGCUACAUCGAUCUAAAUACCGAGCUGCGGAAGAAAGCUGCGAAUGAGUUUGAAAAGAAUUUAUUUAAAUUGAUGAACAACGCGGUGUUCGGUAAGACCAUGGAGAACAUUCGGAAGAGGGUCAAUAUCCGACUCUUAACCGAGUGGAAUGGGCGCUACGGCGCCGAGGCCUACAUUGCAAAACCCGAAUUUAAAAACUGUACAAUUUUCAAUGAAAACUUGGUGGCGGUUGAGCUUCGCAAACUGCAGAUCUGGCUGAACAAACCAAUUUACGUAGGCCAGGCUAUCCUUGACUUGGCGAAGACUACCAUAUACGAAUUUCAUUAUAACUAUAUGGUAGACGCUUUCCCCGAAUGUACGGUUCUUUAUACCGACACAGACAGCCUCAUCUACGAGCUGCACCAAGACCCGUAUGAAGUUGUGAAGCGCGACUGCCACCAGUACUUCGAUACUAGCGAUUAUUCUGCAGAUAACGUUUAUGGAAUACCCCUUGUUAACAAGAAAGUUCUCGGGAUGAUGACUGAUGAAAACAGCGGCACCCCGAUGACGCAUUAUGUAGGACUCAGAUCUAAACUAUACUCGACUAAGGUGCUGCAAACGGGGGAGGAUAUAUUAAAAAAACGAAAAAAAAUGCAGGAUGAAGGGUUUGAUAAUGAGGAAAUAGAUAUGGAAAUCAAGAACAUGGGUACCGCUAAGAAAGCAAAGGGUGUUAAAUCGUCCGUUGUGAAAACGGAGAUAACAUUCAGCGAUUAUGUCGAAUGUCUUGAUAGUUUUCAGCAACGGACGGUCACCCAAAAUUUAAUCCGGUCCGAGAAACAUCAAGUCCAUUCCAUUACCCAACAGAAGAUUGCUCUUUCAUCGAAUGAUGAUAAGCGGCAUCUUAUCCCUGGAACAUAUAAAACUCUCCCAUGGGGACAUUAUAUGAUUGAGGGCGGUGCUGAUAUGGAUGUUGACUAAUAUUUUUAUUUGCACACCAUUUUAAAAUAUUUUUUGGUAAACUAAAACCGCUGAUAUUUGCAUUAUUUUUUAUAUACACAAUAAAAGAGCCAUUACCUCGCGAUAGCUAAUUUGAAAAUUAGAGUCGUGAGAGAAAAAAGAGCCAUUAUAAAAAAAGAUGCCAAUUUCCAUCGGUAGCCUAGCUACAAACUAGAGCCGAUGAGAGUAAAAAAGAGCCAUUAUAAAAAGAUGCCAAUUUCCAUCGAUAGCCUAACCACAAACUAGAGCCGAUGAGAGUAAAAAAGAGCCAUUAUAAAAAAGAACCAUUACAAAAAAGAUGCAAAUUCACACCGGUACCCUAGUAGAUAUCAUUAAACAUAUUUAUAAU